AAAGAAGAAGAAGAAAAGAAAAGAAAAAGAAAAAAAGAAAAUUGAAAAUUGCAGUGUCACAGUGAGUAAGCGGACUAGUGGUAACAGGAACAAGGAGGGGCACAAUAAAAGGCGUGGUAAUUGGAAUGGGUUUAUAAUUCUCACCAGAGAAGAAACACAGCAUUUCGCCUGGUGUCGCUGCUCCAGGGAAAGUUCUGCUACUCCACUGACUCUCUCUUUUCCUGAUAACAUGGCCAGUAAGAAAGUAAUUACAGUGUUUGGAGCAACAGGAGCUCAAGGUGGCUCUGUGGCCAGGGCAAUUUUGGAGAGCAAAAAAUUUGCAGUGAGAGCAGUGACCAGGGAUGUGACUCGACCAAAUGCCCUGGAGCUCCAGCGCCUUGGAGCCGAGGUGGUCAAAGGUGACUUGAAUGAUAAAGCAUUGGUGGACAGUGCCUUAAAAGGUGUCUAUGGGGCCUUCUUGGUGACCAACUUCUGGGACCCUCUCAACCAAGAUAAGGAAGUGUGUCAGGGGAAGCUGGUGGCAGACUCCGCCAAGCACCUGGGUCUGAAGCACGUGGUGUACAGCGGCCUGGAGAACGUCAAGCGACUGACGGAUGGCAAGCUGGAGGUGCCGCACUUUGACAGCAAGGGCGAGGUGGAGGAGUACUUCUGGUCCAUUGGCGUCCCCAUGACCAGUGUCCGCGUGGCGGCCUACUUUGAAAACUUUCUCGCGGCGUGGCGGCCCGUGAAAGCCUCUGAUGGAGAUUACUACACCUUGGCUGUACCGAUGGGAGAUGUACCAAUGGAUGGUAUCUCUGUUGCUGAUAUUGGAGCAGCCGUCUCUAGCAUUUUUAAUUCUCCAGAGGAAUUUUUAGGCAAGGCCGUGGGGCUCAGUGCAGAAGCACUAACAAUACAGCAAUACGCUGAUGUUUUGUCCAAGGUUUUGGGGAAAGAAGUCCGAGAUGCAAAGAUUACCCCGGAAGCUUUCGAGAAGCUGGGAUUCCCUGCAGCGAAGGAAAUAGCCAAUAUGUGUCGUUUCUAUGAAAUGAAGCCAGACCGAGAUGUCAAGCUCACCCACCAACUAAAUCCCAAAGUCAAAAGCUUCAGCCAAUUUAUCUCAGAGAACCAGGGAGCCUUCAAGGGCAUGUAGAAAAUCAGCUGUUCAGAUAGGCCUCUGCACCACACAGCCUCUUUCCUCUCUGAUCCUUUUCCUCUUUACGGCACAACAUUCAUGUUGACAGAACAUGCUGGAAUGCAAUUGUUUGCAACACCGAAGGAUUUCCUGCGGUCGCCUCUUCAGUUGGAAGCACUGCAUUGGUGAUAGGACACGGUAAUUUGAUUCACAUUUAACUUGCUAGUUAGUGAUAAGGGUGGUACACCUGUUUGGUAAAAUGAGAAGCCUCGGAACUUGGAGCUUCUCUCCUAACACUAAUGGGAAGGGCAGAUUAUACUGGGAUUUCUCCUGGGUGAGUAAUUUCAAGCCCUAAUGCUGAAAUUCCCCUAGGCAGCUCCAGUUUUCUCAACUGCAUUGCAAAAUUCCCAGUGAACUUUUAAGUAAUUUUAACUUAAAAAAAUGAACAUCUUUGUAGAGAAUUUUCUGGGGAACAUGGUGUUCAAUGAACAAGCACAAGCAUUGGAAAUGCUAAAAUUCAGUUUUGCCUCAAGAUUGGAAGUUUAUUUUCUGACUCAUUCAUGAAGUCAUCUAUUGAGCUACCAUUCAAUUAUUCAUCUAUUAAUUCCUUGAUCCUUCAUUUAUCCAUUCUGCAAACUUUUCUUGAGCACCAGCACGGGUGGCCAUUUGUGGACUUCUCUUCAUUCCUAUGUGUUUUCUUAUCAAAGGGAUCCACUCUCGAAAGGCUCCUUUCCAGUUUGUGGUUGGGUUCAAGUCAUGCCAGGGCCAGGGGGCCCAUCUCCUCGUUUAGCUCUAGGCAAAAUCCAGGGGAUCUGCAGUGGGGAGAGGGGGCAGGAAGCUGGAGGGAAGGCCUGUGAAGGGUAGGGAUGUGGAAAGACAAGGUGACAGAAAGACCCCAUAGGACUUUUCUAUAUCUCUGGCUUAGCAUUUUCUACAUCAUAUUGUAAUCGUCUUAUUUGCUAGUUUUCUUCCUUACUGUGAGUGACUUACAGUCAUCUUUAUCCCAGUGUCUGGUACAUAAUAAGUGAUCAAUAAAUGUUGAUUGACUAAA